CUUGGCCACGAGGGCCGCAACGUCGGCGCCGGAGAGGCCGAGGAAGGAGAGCACGGCGUCGGGGUUGGAAGGGGCCCUGAGGUGGGAGAGCUUGGCGGAGGCCUUGCGCGCCUGCGCUCGGGCGACCAGGUAGUCCUCCACGGCGAAGCCAGAGGAGCUCGGGGCGGCGACGGGCGCCGCGGCGGAGCUGGGUUACGGGAGAUGCGGAGCGAGGCGAGAGGACCUGGGCGAGGAUGCCGCACCGGAGGAGGAGCAUGACGCCGGCCGCCGGCGGCGAGGAGAACGGGAAGCAGCGGCCUGUUCGGCUUGAGGCUGUCUUACCCCCGAAGUUGGGAUGAAAUUACCCACCUCCUGCCACUCAGAAAUAACGAAGCGGUAGGGCCGGCCCCGUCUCACACGCGCCAGUCCGUCUCCCCCAUCCCCUCUCGGCGAUUCUCCUAGGGUUAGCGCCGCCGCCGGCCGCUGGCCGCCUCCGCCGUCGUCCCGUCUCCUUCUCCUCCGCCCCGCGUACCUGACCCGCCGCUCGAGCUGUGCCACGCGACUGUUCUCCGCCGCCAAGCUAGUCGGACGGACCACCGGCCGCGCCCGCCUCCCUCGUCGGCCGCAGUUGCGAGCCGCCCUCGCCCGCCAGUCGCCGCCAAGCUGCGCCCUCCCCAUCUCCGAGCCUGCUCCGCACGUUUAUUCUGUUCUUAGCUCUGCGCUGAUUUCAGUUGGUCGAUCCCUCAAAUUCUGAAAUGCUUACCAAAGGGAGGAGAGUUGCCGGGAGGGGUGAAGACAUGUCUGCACAUUAUGCAUUUGGGCCACAUGAGGAUGAUGCGAUUAUCAAACAUCGGCUUCUGACUAGGACCACAACUACCAGGGGUGAACCACCCCUAAAGAAGCUCCAAAAGAAGUUCAUGUCCUUCGCCACCGAGGUAGAGAAGGAUGCAGACAAUACAAGUGAUUGUGAGAGGCUGUACAAGGCCUUUCUGCAGGAAAUAAACACUUUUGAGCUGCCUCUUCUAAAAAGCAAGGCUGUAGUUGAUGCAAAUCUCAGGGAAAAGGAGAGCUUCAACGAGCUGCAGGUUGAGAUCCAGCGACAAAUCUUGCAAGCUCAGACUGAUAUUGAGGAUCUUAAAAAGCAACUUGAGCAAAGCAAGAUUGAGAGGCAGCACAAAGAGGAGUGUGAAGCAAUCAGAAAACUGAUUUCCUCGCAGCCUCCACGGUCAGAAACCGAGAAACUUAUCGCUAAUCUUGAGAAGGAGAUAGCUAAUUUGGAGGCCGAGAGUGCAGCAUGUACAAGGACGUUAGAGCUUAGGAAGAAGCAGUUUGCUCUUCUUCUUCAUGUGGUGGAGGAAUUGCAAAUCUCGAUCGAAGAUGAGCAAAGGAACAUAGCAGAUGAGCUGAGAGCAGCCACUGAAGAGCCAAAGUUGAGCAUAGAGGAAGGCAGCGGCGGUGCUUCGGAUGCGAUGGCUGUAGACUGAUUAACGAUCCUAGCACUAGCGAGUUGCUUACCCUGCACGCUCAAGCAUGCCUCGGUAGUUUCUGGGCGUGGUGUUUCUUUGUAAGAGAUCCCUUUUUGUUGUUGUUGCUGUGGUAUCUUGAACUGUAAGCUGUACUUGACGUCGAACCAUUCCGUGCUUGUAUGAUAGAGAUGCAGAAUCAUUCUGCUGUAAUAUGUACUCCAGAUUUAGAACUGCAGCGUGAUUAUUUAUCGAAAACGGCGGAGUCAACAGUGUGCUG